AUGGCAGGCCACAAUGAAUGCAUAAAUUUUGCAUUGUAUGCGCGAGACGCCUACGGGGACUUCACGACCGUGUUUGGCGCCAUGUAUGCGUCGAUAUUUUUUGUAGGCAUCACCGGCAACAUAUGUGUGAUCUUGUCCGUUGCUCGCAACCCUGCUUUACAGUCGGUUCGAAAUCUGUUUAUCGUCAGCCUGAGUUGCUCCGAUAUCGUAGUGUGUCUCACGUCGGUACCGAUCACUCCGAUAGCGAUCGUUGUCAAGAACUGGAUAUUCGGUGUACCGAUGUGUUACAUAUUUCCGCUCUUUCAAUGCAUGAGCAUUUUAAUAUCCACGUUCACGCUGAUGGCGAUCGCCGUCGAUCGAUACAUUCUAAUCAUACACCCAACGAAACAGCCGCUACAAAAGCGGCAUGCGGUAGCAAUGAUCGUAGGCAUCUGGACGUGUUCGUACGAACUGAAGGCGGACGUCAGCAAUGACACGCGUUACUGUGGCGUGUUCUGCGGAGAGGACUGGUCUUCGAACAGCGGCCGCAUGGUCUACGGCAGCAUCGUGCUCAUCUUACAGUUCGUCAUACCGUUGAUCGUCAUCACGUUCUGCUACACGCGCAUUUCGUUGAAGGUCAGCAACGGACUGGCAGUUCGAAGAGCGAGGGAGAGCAGUUCAUGCUUUCUGUCCAACUCGCGCUUCAGGAAGGCGAUUCGUCGCCGACAGCGAACUAACCGCAUGCUGAUCUCGAUGGUGGUCAUCUUCGCCGUUUGUUGGUUCUUGCAAGUGCUCAGCAACGUACUGAGGGACUUCGAUGCUCUGCCCUACUUCAUCAUCAUGCAACCGUAUUUCUACGCGUUGCUUUUCCACUGCAUUGCGAUGACCUCUACGCUGUGGAACCCUCUGCUGUACGCGUGGCUGAACGAGACCUUCCGAGACACGUUCUUCGAAAUCCUGCCCUGUCUCAAGUCGGUCAUUCGCAAAGCUGACACGGUCAGCGAAAUCGAAGAGGAGCAGAUGAAAUUAAAUCAACAGUGA